UUACGUUAUGCACCACGCACACAUGCAGCUUAGCGUCGAACGAGGCAAUGAUGUGCACGAAGUAUUAUCCCUUAUUACAAGAUACGCUUCCGCGCUGGCCGCACGUACAAUAGUCGUCUGUCGACCUCUUUUGUGGAGCGGAGUGCGAAGUUUCAGUUUGUUUACGAAAAGCCAUAGCGAUGCAUAGUGCGUUAGUUAGCGCGAUUGUGUCAUCGACCGAGCGCCGGUUAUCGCUAAAUUGCGAGUGAAUCACGGACAAUGUUCGUUUCGGAGUUUUCGAAAAAAACUUCUUGUGUAUUUGUGAACUUUUGAGAUCGUAUCUCUUCGCUGCCAAACUUAAAGUGACUGUGAACCGAGUGUCAAAGUGAACUUUUGUUAAAUAUAAAAACUUUUAUAUUUGAUAAACGAAGAAAUAAAUAAAAAGUUUUUUAAAAUCCAAAUUACAUUUCCAAUAAACUGAUAUAAUUGGGGAAUUAAAAAGAAAUAAAACCCUAGUGCGUCGUGACAAAAACGCGCACAGCAUUUAUGUAUACAAAACAAACCGCAAUCUGUCCACGCUUCUUCCGUAGAAAAAGGCGUUGUGAGAGACAAAGAUGGCAAUAGCAUUCAACUUGCCAAGUGAGAGAGAGGCGGCAGAGGAGAACUUUUCACGGUUGAACCGGCUCCUAGCCGAGCUGUACGAGGUUCUAUGCCACAUCUUGGUAUCACGACAUCCUGGCCAAGAGGUGCAGGACAAUCGCCGAGAUCGGCCGUACUCCGAGUCAGACAUCGUACGACCAUCAGCAGCCCCGCCCCCGAGCCGCUUAUCAGCCUCGUCUCCCCCCCUAACACUUCCCCUGGACAUGGACCUUGACGACGACGUAUUCGUGAGCCCACGAACAGAUAAUGGAAAUGAUCGCUUUUCAACCACCAACCUGGAAAUCUUCAGAUAUGGGAGUCCAAGAACUCCAGCAGGGGUCUUGCUUAGUCCUCGAAGGGAGUCCUCGUUUAAUUUCUCGGUGACUAGCGAGAAGCAUUGGAGGGAUAAGGGAGGAACAGAUGUGGCUGAUGGCGUUGGUGAUACGGAUGAGACAGACGCAGCAUCUCCAGAAUGCCCAACGGAGAAACGUUCAUCCGAGAGUUCAAUUCUCUCAUCCAUCAUGCCUGACAGCAUAUCUGGCUCCAUCUGUACUGCUGUCCUCUUCAUGCUGGGAUGGAAACUCCUCUCGAACAAACGGUGAAGAGUGAAUACGAAAUAAUUAAUACAUCGGACAGUAUAAAAGCUCAUUGGACGAUAUAUCAUUUAGUAUAUUUUAUUCCAUCUAAUUCAAUUAUUAUAGGACUAAUUCAUACAUACCUGCAUACAAUUUGUGAAACUGUAUGAAAUUAUAUUAUUUAAGCUUAUAGCACUCAAUUAAUUGCCAUAGAUUAUCCUGUUACCUUUGACUUGUGAAAAUGUGCAAAUUUGUCAGAUUUUGACGUAUUACAGUCAAUUGUCAUUUUCGUUCGCCAUUGAUUUUGCAUAACCAAUAGAAUGUUCUAUGAGGUUUUAUAUUUUUCUUUGUAUGCCGUAAAUACGUCGUUUUAAAACUGGAACCAAUCUUGGUUUCGAAGUUUUAAACCAAUGUUUGUAUGAAAUUUCACGGUUUUUAAACUGUGGCCUGAUAGAAUUUGAAAUACACGUCAAUGUAUCGGGUAUGUCAUUUGAAUAUUUGUGCCCACUUGUAUUAAGGCCUAUAAUCGUCAUUUGUAUUUUAUUCCUAAAUAUUGGUAACUGUAAAAUUAUUCUUGUAUAUAAAUAGCGCUGUAUAAACUGUUAAUAUUUCAGAAAUAUACAUUUUCGCGAUAGUUAUAACCUAUGUAAUUCGUAUAUAACGAAAAUUUUAUACUGUUACGAAUUUUUUCUUCAGAAAACAUGUUUAAUGGAAUUUAUAAAUUAUAGUUAUAUGUACAAGGAAUAUAAUUGAAGAAUAUAAUAUUGUAAUCGCACUUAUAUAUACAAGUUCUGUUUGUCUCUUUACGCUAUGCCCUAAGUCUUAAGAUUUUCAUGAAUUCUGUGAGAAUUAUGUUAUUGAAGAAAAUUUAUAGUAUUGCAUUAUUUUUAUUGAAUUCUUUCGCGCUACGUCUUUGUAUUAUUACUAAUAGGCAAGUGGGUGAUUAGCCUUCUCUAAAAUACACACGCAGUCGACAUUUUGGGUCUAAGGCAUGUCGACUGAAAGAGCCAACGUUAAAUGCGCUAAUAGAAAGACAAGACCACAGGUGCAUAACCGGAGUUCAAACCUCCGAUCUUUGGGAAGACAAUGCACGCUCAACCCCUAUGCCAAUAAAAUUUGUGUAUCUCGUGCUUUAUGUGGCAUAAAUAUUAUAAAUUUUUAAUUAUGUUAUAUGGACUUGCAAGGGCUGACAUAUAAAAGGAGUAUAAAAUAUUAUAUUUGUUUUUAGAAAAUAUACAUCACUACUGAUAUAAAAUAAUCUCGUCCAGUUUUAUAAAGCCAAUACUAUCAAAUAAAAAUGAUUUAAACUUUUUUAGUAUCUUAAUUCUAGUUAGGUAAAAGUCUCCAAUUAUAUUCCUUCUACUUAAUUAAUGUAAAACGCACAAAAACGUUACAAUAUUAGAACUGUUGCGAUUAUUCGGCUUUCGGUGUUGUCAAUUUAAAGCAAUAAAAUCUAGACGAAUU